UGCGUUUUGUGGGGAGACCGAGUUGUUGUACCAACUAAGUUACAAAAAAGGGUCUUGCAAAUGCUACAUGAUGGACACCCAGGCAUCGUAUGCAUGAAAGCGCUGGCAAGAAGUUACGCCUGGUGGCCAGGUAUAGAUAAACAAAUUGAAGCCUGGGUCGCCUCUUGUAACAAAUGCCAGGAAAACCACUCAGCUCCACCUAAAGCCCCACCAACAGAAUGGGAAACACCCAGGGGGCCUUGGUCUCGCAUUCAUAUUGACUUUGCGGGACCUACGAGAGGCCACACCUUCUUAAUAACUGUUGAUGCCUUCUCAAACUGGCUUGAGGUCAAUAAAAUGAAAGCAACCACUACAGAGGCAGUCAUUAAAAAACUGAACAGACUUUUUGCCACACACGGGUUACCAGAUGUCCUGGUCUCUGACAAUGGUCCCCAAUUUACUGCCUUAGCCUUUGAACAGUAUUUAAAAGUCACUAGAAUGCUGCUCCUACAACACAUCACACCAAAAAGCACGACCAACAAGUGCCCAGCUGAACUCCUGAUGGCCAGGAAACUCAGAUCCCCUCUAGAUCGUUUGCACCCUGCCUACACCCCGGAAAAGCCCCUGGGUUCCAGCAGCAAGCACCGUGUUUUCAAGGUAGGAGACCUUGUCUUCGCAAAAAACUUUUCUGGGGAUCCCCUUUGGAUUCCUGCCCAGGUAACACAAGUUACGGGCCCCCGCUCCUACUGUCUACUCACCACUGAUGGCAGACCAUGGAAACGCCAUAUUGACCAA